AUGGUGAACAGAAUUAAUUGGACCGUGAAAUGGCAUUCACUUUGCGCAAAGAGCGAUGCCGUGACCCCCGGGAGUGACGGCAGCCGAAGCGGGCCGUCGUUCUCCUUCGAGCCGCCAAAUGUGGUCACGUUCUCCAACUCGACGGGAACUGUGAUCCCGUGUGGGGCCAGAGGUGUGCCGUCGCCUGUCAUCAAAUGGGAGUCCGUAGACAACGGACAGACCAUAUCAGACGUGUCCGGACUCCGGAUGGUUAGAGUCGACGGCAGUCUAGUGUUCCCCCCAUUCAGGCCCGAAGAUUACAGACCAGAUAUACACUCAACGCGAUACAGAUUUGAUUCAAUAGAGAAGAGAUAUGAUUACAGAUCACACAAGAAGUUGUGUCGCGUGUCUGCCAUCAACUCCUUCUCAAAGCCUUGUUUAGCAGUGUUUUAUACGACUGUUUCUCAUAUGACUGGUAUAUAUGAUGGAGAAAAACAACUCAUUUAUGAAUUAGAUAUUAUAGUGCAGGUGAUGGACAGGGACUCGAGCACUACUGGACUCGCUUUCAUUUAUAUUGUGUAUAGCAAGCAAUUCUAUCGGAACAAUAGCAUCGAGGAGUGUCCACGUGAGGGGAGACAAACAGUGGGCAAAAAAAGGGAGACCAGAAUCGGAAUUCACUUUGACAUCUCUUCAGACAUUUUCCACAAGAAUUUCGAUUUCACUCCGAUUUUAGAGUCGCUAACGUUUGCAAACCUCUACAACACGUAUUAG